UGAUUAAAAUCCUUUGUGAGGAAGAUGUUUUAUUGAUAUAUCUUUGCUUUCAACAUCAUUAAGAUAUGUUACUUUGUCAUAGUUUUGAUCUUUUAUUUAAUGUACAGUAAUCAGAUCAUAUUAGAUUUUAUUAAGAGGGACAUUUAAACAAAGAUGGGACUUUUGUUCAACUGGCUAUUAUAAGAAAAUAAAGACAAACAAAAGGAAAGGAACAGAAAUUUUUAAGUAUAAGUAAAUGAAAUAACAUGAUUUUCAAAUGGUAGGGACUGAUGGCCACAGGCUGUUUCUUGUUCUCCUUAUAGUUCAUUUGUACAUGCUUUGACACAAUAAACAUAAGUGACUGAAUGACUUGCCAAAGAUAAGACACAGUUCCUAUCCCAAGUAGGUCACAUACCGAAGGAGAGAGAUAGACUCUUAUAAAACUGAAAACAAUGUUAUUUACACAAUAAGCUUGGUGAUGUGCAUGAGUCACAGUAAUAGGCAUUCUGGGGCACAGAGGAGAGACAGCAUGAUUGUUCAGUUAUGGAUGCCGAGUAGUGCUUCUGUUCAAGGAAUGUGAUACAGAGUUUGAAUAAGGUUUCUGAGGAACGUGCCAAAGAGUUCUUUUGCCCGUUUCUUGUGUUCCUGUGCUCUUGUUUCCAGAACUGUGAAAUAUGUUAUCAAACGACAUGCUCACAAUUUUUCCUUUGAUGGCAUGAGCCUAUGUCAGGGAUGAAAGGACUAUCGUGGAGUUAGAUCUAGCAGUGAAACAAAGUUACGGCUACAAACCUCCUAUUCAACUGUUAGAAUCUUAAAUUUCCCAUGAACCUGUGAAGAAAAAGUAUGAAUGGACCUCUAGCUCAGUAUUAUUUUCACAAAACAAACAAAAAGAAAAAGUGAAAAACUAAGAAAAGCCACUGUAGGAAAUAAGGACACUUAAACCUGGGAAACAGCGUUUUCAAUCUGUUCGUGGCCACAUGGUGGCGCUGCAGGCUAAAGAGAGACACAAGGAAAAUUAACUGAGACUGCACCAGGAGUCACUAACCAAUAAAAGAAAAUCCUGACCGCUGGGAGAAAAGCCGAGGCUCCUCAAGACUGAGAAAGGAAAGAAUAACCUCGAUCCUUCCAGUUAAGUGGAACAUCUGAGGUUUAUGACUGCUGGGAGCCGUGGCUUGGGCCUGUAGUGAGGAAACAAUGGCAGCCAGAAGGUCAUGCUUCCCCAGACAAAGGCAAGUGCUAUUUCUCUUUCUGUUCGGGGGACUGUGUUUGGCAGGUUCUGAGUUUGGACGUUAUUCAGUAGCCGAGGAAACAGAAAGGGGAUCAUUUGUGGCAAAUCUGGCAAAGGACCUGGGGCUAGGGGUGGAAGCGCUGGCUGCAAAGAGAACCAGGGUGAUUUCUGAUGAUAACAAACAGCAUUUGCUCCUGGAUUUCCACACCGGAGACUUGCUCACAAAUGAGAAACUGGACCGGGAGAAGCUGUGUGGCUCCACAGAACCCUGCAUACUGUAUUUCCAAAUUUUAAUGGAUAACCCCUUUCAGAUUUACCGGGCUGAGCUGAGAAUCAUGGAUAUAAAUGAUCACUCACCUGCAUUCCAGGACAAAGAGAUGGUUUUAAAAAUACCAGAAAGCACAGCUGUAGGAGCAGCAUUUCGCUUAGAAAGAGCCCUAGACUCAGAUGGAGGGCGCAAUGGCAUCCAAAACUACACCAUCAGCCCCACCCCUUUUUUUCAUAUUACAGUUCUUGACAACGACGAAGGGGUGAUAUAUCCAGAGCUGGUGCUAGACAAACCUCUAGAUUGGGAGGAGGAGCGGGAGUUCAGUUUAACACUCACAGCAUUUGAUGGCGGGUCUCCGCCCAGGUCUGGAACAGCCACUAUACAUAUUCUGGUCAUGGACAUCAAUGAUAAUGCCCCACAGUUUUCCCAGAAACUGUAUCAAGCCCAGGCACCAGAAAAUAGCCCAGUAGGACUUCCUGUUGUUACUGUCUCUGCAGAAGAUGUAGACUCAGGAGUCUAUGCAGAGGUAACCUAUUCUUUUUUUGAUGCUUCCGAAGAUAUUCGAGCAACCUUUCAAAUCAACCCUUUCUCUGGGGUAAUCGUGCUCAAAGCCUUGCUUGAUUAUGAGUUGGUAAAGUCCUACAAGUUAAAUAUACAGGCAGUUGAUGGCGGGGGCCUUUCUGCUAGAUGUAUGGUUAUAGUUCAUGUUUUAGACAUCAAUGACAACCCCCCUGAACUGAUCAUAUCAUCGCUUGUCAAUGAAGUUGUUGAGAACUCUCCCGAAACUGUGCUGGCAGUUUUUAGGAUUAAUGACAGAGACUCUGGAGAAAAUGGAAAGACGGUUUGCUACAUUCAAGAAAAUCUGCCUUUCUUUCUAAGACCCUCUGUAGACAGUUUUUACAUCCUAAUGACAGAAGGAGCUCUGGACAGAGAGAGCAGAGCUGAGUACAACAUCACCAUCACAGUCACUGACAUGGGCACACCCAGGCUCACCACACAGCACACCAUAACAGUGCAGGUCUCAGAUGUCAACGACAACGCCCCCGCCUUCACACAAACCUCCUACACAUUUUUUGUCCGGGAGAACAACAGCCCCGCCCUGCACAUAGGCACCAUCAGCACCACAGACUCAGACUCAGGCUCCAAUGCCCACAUCACCUACUCCCUGCUGCCCACUCAAGACCCACAGCUGGCCCUAGACUCGCUCAUCUCCAUCAAUGCAGACAAUGGGCAGCUGUUCGCGCUCAGGGCGCUGGACUACGAGGCCCUGCAGACCUUUGAGUUCCACGUGGGCGCCACAGACCAAGGCUCUCCUGCGCUCAGCAGCCAGGCGCUGGUACGUGUGCUGGUGCUGGACGCCAACGACAAUGCGCCCUUCGUGCUCUACCCGCUGCAGAACGCCUCUGCACCCUGCACAGAGCUGCUGCCCAGGGCGGCAGAGCCAGGCUACCUGGUCACCAAGGUGGUGGCAGUGGACCGCGACUCUGGACAGAAUGCCUGGCUGUCCUUCCAGCUGCUCAAGGCCACAGAGCCCGGGCUGUUCACCGUGUGGGCUCACAAUGGCGAGGUGCACACCUCCAGGCUGCUGAGUGAGCGAGAUGCUCCCAAGCACAGGCUGCUGCUGCUGGUCAAGGACAAUGGAGAUCCUCCAAGGUCUGCCAGUGUCACUCUGCAUGUGCUGCUGGUGGAUGGCUUCUCUCAGCCCUACCUGCCUCUGCCAGAGGUGGCGCGCGACCCCGCCCAGGAUGAGGACGCGCUCACACUGUACCUGGUCAUUGCCUUGGCUUCUGUGUCUUCCAUCUUCCUCUUGUUUGUGCUGCUGUUUGUGGGGGUGAGGCUGUGCAGGAGGGCCAGGGCGGCCUCUCUGGGUGGCUGCUCUGUUCCUGAGGGACACUUUCCUGGCCACCUUGUGGAUGUCAGUGGGACGGGGACCCUGUCCCAAAGCUACCAGUAUGAGGUGUGUCUGAUGGGAGACCCUUCUGAUACCAGUGAUUUCAAGUUCUUGAAACCAAUUUACCCUGAUGUUCAUGCUCAUAGUUUCCAGAGCAAUGGUGACGAAAAGCCCACAUUUUGAAGCCUCCAAUUCUGAGUAAUGUUUCAUUCCAUUUAAUGUAUGAUACAGCCAUGUGAAUAUUAGUUUAGUCAUGCAGUAGUUGCUACAACACAACUUCAUUUUCAACUUCCAAGUAGGUCACAUUUAAAUUUUUACAAUGUUUUUACAUUAGUGAUUUUUUUAAGUAGAGCAUGUACCACUUUAAAUCUGAGGUUUUAAUUCUUUCUUAGUGCACAAUAAUUUGUUGUCUUUUCUUAUUACAGAAAAUUGAGAUUAGGGUUUCUUUUGUUGUUGUUGUUGUUGUUUUCUUUUCUUUUCUUUUGUGGCUAAUAAUUAACCGCAAGUCUUUUGCAUGCUAAGCAAGCACUCUACCAUUGAGUUCUGUCUCUAGCCAGUCACUCUUUUUAAAGUAUAGUAUUUUAACUUUAUUUGACUUUGUUCUUUGACAAUUUCGCACAUCUAUGUCAUGCAUUUUGUUUCUUAUGACCUCUGGCUUCACCUCCCUGCAUCCCCUGUUACUUCCCUUACUCCCUUACAAGACCCUUCCCAUGUUUAUGAUUUUGAGUAUUCUGAUAAUUCUUGUGUUCGAAUACUAAUUCCUGGGUUUCAGCAUGACUUCUGCAAACGUGUCAUUCAUUUUGGUCUCAUUCAUUCCUAACCUCUGCUGUUCCCCUGGAUCCCUUCCCUUUUCCUGCAAGUCCCCCAUUCUGCUUUCUUAUCCCAGCGAUUUCAUUACCCUUUCUUUCUCACCCCCUGCCCCCCGCAAGAGCAAGAGCUCUUUCUGAUGUUCAUUCUUGCUGACAUAUAAAACGGAUUGUGUCGUAUAAUGCAAACACAAUGUAAUAGUCUGCAUGACAAUCAGCAUAAAUUUGAACACAUUUAAAUUUUUGUGUGACAACACUGAUGGACUGUUGGAAGGAUGCUUUUCAUUUUAUAUUGAAACUUAAUUGUCAAAUUUAGAAACUGAGACAAAUUAAAGGUUGUAGAGAAAAUAA